CGGUGUUGUAAAAGGAGGUAGGAGGUAGGAGGUAGGAGGAGUGUGCAAGGAAGCACAAGUGUUAGUGUUGGACUGUGGUCUUUCAGGUAAAGCCAACUUUCUCAUGACGUCAGACGGCUCGUCGGAGCAUUUUAAUUAACGCUCGUGUUUCCGGUGUUGUCCCACGGUGACAGCCUGGUGUCGUGUUCCGGUCCAAAGGAUCAGACGAAGGACCCUGGACCGGAAAUUGAGCACUUUUCACGUUCGGACCACACGAACAAAGUUGGGCUUAUUAGCUUUAGUCGACGUCCGAACCCUCGCCUCGGAACCAGAACGUCGACCCGGGACAAACUGGACAAAACAAGCUUCGAAUGAGUUCCUCUUUCCUCGCUCGGUGCAGUCAGUAGCCUGCUAAGCUGUGCUCGGACACAAGCUAACGGUGCCGCCGUCGUCACAACAACAACAACAACAACAACUUUCACUUCAAAGUGCGACAUUACAACACUUUUGUGAUAGAGAUCAAGGAGAGGAGGAAGUGAACUACCGCGUUACAUGCGGGUCGAUAUGACGACGGCCUCACGACUCUGACUGCUGCUCGCGCCCCCCGGCGGAACCACCGGUGGGAAGAAACUGUCCGCCGUCAUGCCGCUGGUCUACCAAAAACUGCCCGCGCCGCUGAGGCGGAGCUCGCGCCUCAAAACCCUGACGGCCGCCCUGCUCGCCGCCUACGCCAUCAAGAAACUGUCGCCGUACGUCUGGAGGCAGAUCUGGGGAGGCUCUGCAGUGAAGAAGCAGGGCGGGGCUAAGCUCCCUGUGGGCGUGGUCAGUGACACCUCUGUAGAUGCCAGUAAACACAAGAGGAGCCACAACAGGUCUCCAUCCGUUAACAAAGAGUUCAUGGUGCAGCUCGCCGGUCUAUUGAAGUUGUUGUUUCCACGGUUACUUUGUCCCGAGGUGGCCGUGCUUGUCCUGCAUUCUCUCACGCUCAUGUCCAGAACCUUCUUGUCCAUCUAUGUCGCCACCCUGGAUGGCAUGAUCGUCAAGUCCAUCGUGAAGAAGGACCCGCGCGCCUUCGUGCUGCAGCUCCUCAAGUGGCUGCUGGUGGCCGUCCCCGCCACCUUCAUCAACAGCGCCAUCCGCUUCCUGGAGGGUCAGCUGAGCCUGCGCUUCAGAGGCCGCCUGGUCGACCACGCCUACCAGCUCUACUUCACCAACCAGACCUACUACAGAGUGAGCAACAUGGACGGCCGCCUGUCCAACCCGGACCAGUCCCUGACGGAGGACAUCGUCAUGUUCUCGGCGUCGGUGGCCCACCUCUACUCCAACCUGACUAAGCCCAUCCUGGACGUGGCGGUCACCGGCUACACGCUGCUGGGCACCGCCCACUCCAAAGGCGCCAACACCACCUGGCCCUCGGUCAUCGCCGGCCUGGUGGUGGCGCUCACGGCCAAGGUGCUGCGCUCGUGUUCGCCUCGCUUCGGGAAGCUGGUGGCCGAGGAGGCGCGGCGCAAAGGCGACCUGAGGCACAUGCACUCGCGGAUCAUCGCCAACUCGGAGGAGAUCGCCUUCUACGGCGGCCACGCGGUGGAGCUGGCCCAGCUGCAGAGGAGCUACACCUCGUUGUCGCGUCAGAUCCAUCAGAUCCUGCUGAAGCGUCUUUGGUACGUCAUGCUGGAGCAGUUCCUCAUGAAGUACGUGUGGAGCGCCUCCGGUCUGGUCAUGGUCGCCGUGCCCAUCAUCACCGCCACCGGAUACUCCCAAUACGACUCGGAGGAGGUGAAGCAGGCGGCCAUGGAGAUGAAGGAGGAGGAGCUUGUGAGCGAGAGGACGCAAGCCUUCACGACAGCCAGGAACCUGCUCAACGCCGGCGCCGACGCUGUGGAGAGGAUCAUGAGCUCCUACAAAGAGGUCACAGAGCUGGCAGGAUACACGGCUCGCGUCUCCCAGAUGCUGAACGUCUUUGAGGACGUCAAGGAAGGAGUCUACCAGCGCUCCUCGGACGGGGAGCGGGAGGGGCCAGCAGGGGGCGCUGUGGUGCAGCACGGCCAAAGAGUCUGCGGUCAUCUGGGCAUGAGAGGUCAGGUGAUCAGCGUGGAGAAGGGGAUUCGUUGUGAGAACCUGCCAAUCAUCACACCCACAGGAGACGUGGUCGUGUCCUGCCUCAAUAUCCAGGUGGACGAGGACAUGGACGUGUUGAUCACGGGACCAAACGGAUGCGGCAAAAGUUCUUUGUUCAGAAUCCUCAGCGGCCUGUGGCCCGUCUAUGGAGGUGUACUGUACCGACCAGAACCUCACCACAUGUUCUACAUACCACAAAGGCCUUACAUGUCUGAAGGGACUCUGAGGGAUCAGGUGAUCUAUCCAGACUCUGUGGAGCAGAUGGUCCAGAAAGGACUGACGGACGCUUGUUUGGAGGAGAUCCUUCGCACUGUGCACCUUCUCUACAUCCUGGACAGGGAGGGAGGUUGGGAGUCGGUGAGUGACUGGAAGGACGUCCUGUCGGGCGGCGAGAAGCAGCGCAUGGGAAUGGCUCGCAUGUUCUACCACAAGCCCAGGUACGCCCUGCUGGACGAGUGCACGAGCGCCGUGAGCAUCGACGUGGAGGGACGCAUCUUCCAGGCCACAAAGGAUGCUGGGAUAUCGCUGCUGUCCAUCACGCACAGACCCUCCCUCUGGAAGUACCACUCUCACAUCCUGCAGUUCGACGGCGAAGGCGGUUGGCGUUUUGAGCGUCUGGAUGCCUCCACUCGUAUGUCGCUGCAGGAAGAGAAGCGGCGUCUGGAGAGUCAGCUGUCCGGAAUCCCCAAGAUGCAACAGCGUCUGUCCGAGCUCUGCAUCCUGCUGGGGGAGAGGAAGGGGGAGGCGCCCCCGUCCUGAGACACGCCCUGCAAAGCAUGAUGG